AUGUUAGGAGUAGUAGUACCAAUAUUGGUGGUGGUUGUAUUAGCGGUUGCAACAAGUAGUAGUACAACAUCUGCACAAGCCUUGCCUAACUGUCCCGAUCGCUGCGGUGAUGUGAAAAUCUCCUAUCCAUUUGGCACUGUUAAAGGUUGUUACCUGCGAGAUGAGUUUUUUAUCAACUGUACUAGUGCUGAAGGCAAUGCCUCAGUAGCAAAACUCACGAGUCCUCCCUCAUCGUCACCAACAUCACCAUUGACUGAUCUCAUUGUUACUGACAUAAGCCUUGACAACGCUGAGUUGCGUAUCUUGUCCUCUGUAUACCAAGACUGCGGCGACCGCAAAGAGACCCUGAACCAGUGGCUUCGGCUGCCCUCUCCUUUUGCAUUUUCCACCAAAAACAUCUUCUUUGCCGUCGGCUGUGCCACUUUUGCAAAAUAUCGAGGUUACCAAUAUCGUCCCUCCGGCAGGAUCCUGGGCCAAGAUGAUGAUCAAGCCUACAACAAAAGCGGCUUUGCUGUAACCCAAUGUGAUGAUAGUUUUGGCACCACUUGCUCUGGCAAUGGCUGUUCCCAAUCUUCAAUCCCGAGUGGACUGCAAAAUUUCACUGUUGAGUCUUUGUUAAGCAUCAGCAUAAAUGGCUAUAUCCCUAAUCAGGGAAAGUGGUACAGUCCAUACUUAGGGUGCAACUACGGCUUCCUUGCGGAAGAAGGCAACUUCUCAUUCUCCCCCAAUAUAAGUUUUGCCCAACUCCAAAAGUACAGAAGGCUGCUGGUCCCAACCACAACGGUGGUUAAUUGGCAAAUUGGGGAUGAGCCGUGUGAAGAAGCUCAAAAGAGCAAGGGAAGUUAUGCUUGCAAGGGAAAUAGCACGUGCGUCAAUUGGUCCAAUGUCAAUGAGGGUGGAUAUGGUGGAUGGCAUCUAGGCUACAUUUGCCGGUGCUUGCCAGGUUACCAAGGGAAUCCAUACCUUGCAGAUGGUUGUCAAGGUAUUUGGCUUCAAUAUAGAUAAAACGAUGUUUUAUAUAUAAUAUUCUGUGUGAUAUUUGAAUGUAUACUUUUCCUAAUUUCUCUUCAGAUAUCAAUGAGUGUCAGAGUUCAGACCGCUGCA